AUGCUGUUCGAGUCCCCAGUAUCAAACACCAUGUGCCAUCUGAUCCACGAAGCCUUCCUUCAUGCCUGCAAUCACACAGUCCGCACCCUCGAGCACUACUUCCAGAACGUCGAGAGCCAGCGAUGGUCCCCCCACGCCGACGACCCCGGGUGUCAAUUGUGCGAAGGCCGCCAAGACUCAACCGAAACAUCCCCCGACCAGACGCAACCCCCUCCCAACCAGAUGGUCCAGACCCGUACCCUGCCACGACCGACACAAUGGGCGGCAGGCUAUGGAACCUCCCCCAUCAGCGACAAAUCCGAGGAGACCUCUCUCUUCAUCGAGGAGGCCGAGGAGGAUGUGAAGGACGAGAAGAUCGAGGAGGACGAGCUGGAGGCUGGGGAUGAUGAUGACGAUGACUACUCUGAAUGGUGUUCAUCGCCCAAGUCACCUUCAUCGAUCGUCCGCGCCGCCCAGCAAAUCCAGUCCGAAGCCCUCUUCAGGUGUGGCCGUGGCCAACUCGCCAAAGCGCGCGGGUAUCGACCGCGCAAAGCCGGAGAAGUCUUGGGACCAGCUCGCCAGGGACAUGCAGCGCACUAUGGGAAACCAGGCCAAGCGAACAUACAGCGGCACAAUCACGUCUGGCGCGACGACCUCUUUCGCUUCCGAUCGGCGGGCUUCAAAUGA